GAGCCGUUUCAACAAUUUCCAGCGUUCUCGUGGUGGUGGCACCGGAGGUGGCGGCGGCAGUGGAACUGGUCCAGCUUCAAAACUACCCAGUAGUAAUUCAAAUAUUAGCGGAUCGAAACGACAGACAAAUAUCACAUUGAAUAAUGAAGCAAUCACUGGGAAAUCUGCACAGAAUGUUAAUUUUAAAGAGAAAUCUUUGGUUGUUAAUCAAGUCGGUGAAUUAGACCCUGCCUCAGGAAGAGGUUUUCUGCCAGCAAUCGACCAAUCCUCCAUUGGGGAUAAGACUACAUCAAAUCUUACAUUAUUGACAGAUGGAGCAUUUUACAG